GGAAAUACGUCGUGCAGAAAACUAGGAAAACUUUUAUUUUAUUUUUUUUUCCCUUGGAGAAGCUGAUUUCCUUCAGCAAGUGAGGAACGGUGGAGAAAAUGAAGCCGAGUCCACGAUUUUUCUUAGCUGGUUUUCUGUCUUUGAUUCUGCAGACGGGGCUCUGCUAUGGCAUAAAAUGGAUAGCUCUGUCCAAGACUCCUUCAGCUUUGGCCUUGAAUCAAACCCAGCACUGCAAGCAGCUCGAAGGCUUGGUGGUUUCCCAGGUGCAGCUCUGCCGCAGCAACCUGGAGCUCAUGCAAACCAUCAUCCAGGCAGCACGGGAAGUGAUAAAGACCUGCCGUAAAACCUUCUCAGACAUGCGGUGGAACUGCUCUUCCAUUGAGCUGGCUCCUAAUUACCUGCUGGACUUAGAGAGAGGCACAAGGGAGUCAGCAUUUGUGUAUGCCCUUUCUGCUGCUGCCAUCAGCCACACCAUUGCCAGAGCCUGCACCACCGGGGACCUCCCUGGCUGUUCCUGUGGUCCCAUCCCAGGUGAGACACCUGGACCUGGGUAUCGAUGGGGAGGAUGUGCAGACAACCUCAACUAUGGUCUUAUCAUGGGGUCCAAAUUUUCAGAUGCUCCCAUGAAGAUGAAAAAAUCAGGAUCACAAGCCAAUAAACUGAUGCAUCUGCACAACAGUGAAGUAGGGAGACAGGUCUUGAAAGCCUCUCUUGAAAUGAAAUGUAAAUGCCAUGGAGUUUCUGGGUCAUGCUCUAUCAAGACCUGUUGGAAAGGCCUUCAAGAGCUGCGAGACAUUGCAUUGGACCUCAAAAACAAGUAUUUAUCAGCCACCAAGGUCGUUCACCGACCCAUGGGCACACGCAAAUACCUCGUGCCAAAGGAUAUUGAUAUCAGGCCGGUUAAAGAGACAGAGCUGAUUUACCUGCAGAGCUCCCCGGAUUUCUGCAUGAAGAAUGAAAAAGUGGGGUCACACGGGACCCAGGACAGACAAUGCAACAAGACCUCCAACGGGAGCGACAGCUGUGACUUGAUGUGCUGCGGCAGAGGCUACAACCCCUACAUGGACAAAGUGGUGGAAAGAUGCCACUGCAAGUACCACUGGUGUUGCUAUGUGACCUGUAAAAAGUGCGAGAGGACUGUCGAGAGAUAUGUGUGCAAAUGAAAACCCUCCCUCCACCCGGGAGCUGAGAUGCCAGCAGCACCCCAGCACUAUGCAGAGAAGAGAAAACAUUUCCCUGACUAGACGUCGUUUAUCUUGUAAAGACACAGACCUGGACAAAGCUGGUAGGAGGGAAAAAAAAAACCCAACCAAUCACACCAGUAAAAACAAGACCUUCAACAAAACCCAGCAAACCCACAAAUGCUUCCUCCCACCAACAAAAUGAUCUCUGAGAAGACAAAACCUCAUUUGGGAUGGUAUAUUCUUCCAAAAUAUUUCCUAUGGUUGCCAGUGAUGUCUGGCCAUCAAGUGCCUUAGUACUUUGAGAAACAAAAGUAGAAACUUUCCCUGGGGAAGAAAAACAACUCUUGUUUGAAAAUAACUAAGGCUCACACCAGCCUAUGUCUUCUAGCACAGGUACUGAGUCUGCAUUAGGACCAUCCCAGAAGGGAAAAUGCUACAACUUUUCAGCAAUAACUGCCUUUGUUGCCAAAGACUUCAUUUUUAGCAGGGAAGCAUCCACUCCAAAUGAUAAAGGUGGAAAGAUUUCAGGUCAAUCCCCUGAAAUGAACAACUCAUUUUAACCUUUCUUUUAUGCAGGUCUGCGACUUUGAAGUUACUGCUGCAGGAAAAGCUGUCCUUGAUUUGUCCAGGCUGGAUGGGGUUUCAAAUGCAGCCA